AGUCGCAAACAUAAAUCAAAAACAGUCCACAUAAACAUGUUGAAAGAUUUUUUUUUGAAUGCUAUCCCCAUAAUGGGGGCUGUUGUUAGUUUAUUUGAUGGAAACACUGGAAGGACUGAUGAUCCUGAUUCCACCACAGGACUGACAUCCAGGGACAAAUUUUUGGUUACUUCCAGUUGGGCGGAAGUCAGAAAAGAACCAACAGAAAAUGGUGUUAAAUUACUUAUGAUGUUAUUUGAAAAAAAUCCCAAAUACCUGCAGUUAUUCCCUUUCAAGGAUAUACCCCUUAAAGAUUUACCUGAAAAUAAACGAUUUCAAGCUCACUGCAACAAAGUAAUACACGGCUUUAAUGCCAUCAUAGAUUCGCUUGACAACACAGAACUGCUAGUUACUACACUCUUGAAAGUUGGGGAAACUCACAAACCGAGAGGGGUCACGGAGGAAGCGUUUCUGGACUUAAAAGAUGUCAUCAUAGAGCUUUUCAGUACCUUCAUGAAUAAAGACCAAAUUGAAGCAUGGAAAAAAACGCUUGAAGUGGCAUUUGCAACCAUAAUUAAAGGAUUAACACAAUAAAACCCAAAACAAAGGAUAAAUGUACAAAUAUUUUUAAACUUUUAUAUGUUAUUUUUUUAUUCUGUGACUAAUAAUUACAUAUUACAUAUAUAAUUAUUUGCAUGUAUAGUUUAUUUACUAAUAUUCG